GUUUGAAGCUUGAGGAAUAAUCGGGUCAGGAGCCCCUCCUGGUCUAUCUUAUCUGGUUUGGGGUGGGGUUGUGGAAUGUGAUUUACUGGCUGUUUUCAUUGGGGUAACCGUAAGUAAGUCACUCUACCUAGCACCCGAUUUCUCCCCUCGCUCUACAUUCCCCGGGACUGAGGGCAACAGUCACGCCGCUGGAGAAUCAAGAGUUUGGUUGUAAUUUACAGUCAAGAUGGCCUUCAUGUCCAGCAGAAUCGAUCCUCCUGAACACAUCUAUAUUCCUGGGGGACUCCGAGUUGGUGCGUCCAUCAUCAUCAGAGGGAAGACACAGUAUGGAUGUGAUGCAUUUUCCAUUAACCUAAAGUGCGGUGACGGGGAUGACUGCAACAUCCCCUUUCACUUCAACCCCCGUCCCUCGUCAAAUGAGGUGAUCCGCAACUCCUACAUGGGCGGCUGGCAGGACGAGGAAAAGGAUCAGCCUUACUUCCCCUUCCUAGAGGGACGGUCCUUCCAGGUCCGCAUCCAUGCCUCUCAGGACGAGUUCCGAGUCACCGUCAACGGCAAGGACUUCAUCUCCUACGGCUACCGUACAGAUCUUAGUGAAAUCCGGUAUCUUCAGCUUGGAUCUGGAGCUGAAUAUUCUGAUGUCACAAUACAGAACAGCAUGACCAACCCCUACUUCGAGGAGUUCAAGCGAGGGUUUGGUGUGGGGCAGGCUGUGAGGAUCAGAGGAGCAGUGAAGGACGAUGCUGAAUCCUUUUCUGUAAACUUCAACUGUGACUGUGACGGUGAAACAACAGGUUUCCAUUUCAACCCUCGUUUUGAAGAAGACGAAGUGGUACGGAACGCCAACCUCGGGGGCUGGGGGGAUGAGGAGAAGGGACAAGAUUACUUCCCUUUUUCUAGAGGGGCAAUGUUUGAUGCACUGUUCAUUGCCCAGGAGGACAGAUUCAAUGUUUACGUCAACGAGAAGUAUUACACCCUGUUCAACUACCGCUGUGACGUCAACGACAUCCGCUACCUUACCAUCAAUGGAGAUAUCUCCAUCUGUGAUGUGGAGUUUUGUGAGCCACUCCCAGAUGACUUCAUGAAAGAGAUCCCCUCCGGUCUUGAAAAAAGUGACAUGAUAGUUGUCAAAGGAUUCUUCUAUCCAGAGGGAGAAAGGUUUGCAAUCAACCUCAUGAAUGGCAACAGCCUUGAGGAUGACGUGGGUCUUCACUUCAACCCCCGACGUGGGGAGGGGGAGGUGGUCCUGAAUAACCGUGUGGAUGGGGAGUGGUUAGAGGAGGAGCGAGAAGCUAUACCCAGUGCAUUCCAAGAGUUACUUCCCUUUGAGGUCAAAAUUGUCGUCAAGAAGAACAAGUUCAAGAUCUAUGUGAACGGCAAGAAGCUGACAAGCUUCCGCUCACGAUGCGAUGUGGAGGCCAUGCGGAGAAUUAACGUCAAUGGUGAUGCCUACUUCUACCAAGCCAAACUUCUCAGGAGACUGGAAUUGCCAUCAGUUGAAAGAAUCCCGAGUAACUUGCAGCCGGGUGGCUGGGUCGUUGUCAAUGGAACUGCCAAGAAGGAAGCCCAGAGUUUCGCCAUCAACCUGCAGUGCGGUGACAGUGAGGAUUACAACACAGACGUUGCCCUGCACUUUAACCCCCGCUUCAGUGGAGAGGACUCUGUCCGCAACACCCACGAGGAUGGUAGCUGGGGAGAUGAAGAACUGGAACAACCAAACUUCCCCUUCGAAUCCAAGGAUGCAUUUGAAGUAGCCAUCAACUGCCUCGAGGACAGGUUCAGGAUCUAUGUGAAUGGGUAUCACUAUGUGGACUAUAACCAUCGUGUCGACUACCACCGAGUGUGCCAUCUCAUGUUGAUUGGCGAUGCCAACUUCUUCGAGCCUGAGUUUUUCUAAGCUUUCCACCUGCAGAAGAGCCUGGUGUGUCUUCCCAUGUUCAGCUCAAGAACAACUCCACUGUGAUAUAGCAAAGUGCUGAACUCUUGUCAAAUCAUUAGUCAAUCUAUUAUCAUUCAGCAUUAGCUUUGAUUCAACAACCAGGAAUACCACUUGCAUUAUUUUUCAUUUGAAGGUAUCCCCAAUAUUUCUAGAUGCAAACUUGACGUACUGUUAUAUUUAUUUUAAUCCUGUGUUUGUCCAUUUUACUGGCAAACUGUUGGUACUGUUAAAAAUGAUAUUUGGCUUGUAUGUUUUUGUUUAGUAACAUGGCCAGAUGAAGAACCACAGGCAAUUUUAACCGUCGAACAAAUCGGCUAUCAAGUAACUGUUGGAAUAAUGGUUUUGAGGUUGUUGUUAUGAAUUGACAGUUUCUCAUUUCAAAACAAUGUGACGUUCAUGGUUAAUCAAAUUGGUUACCUUAUACCAGCUUGGUGCUAUCAUCCAUGAGGUUCCUUCGGCAUAUGCAAAGAUAAUCUAAAUGUUGCUAACUUGUAUCAUUUUUCUAUAAUUUUGGUGGAAUACUGGAAUAUCAACCUGAAUGUUUGACUAGCUGACCAUGUGAUGAAGACUUAUAUGUAAAUGUAUGCCUGGUCGGCUUUUCUAAUAAAACUUGCAUAUAUUA